CCCCGCCGCCCGCCCCGGCCCGGAACAUGGCUGCGCGCCCCGCCGCCACCCUCGCCUGGUCGCUGCUGCUCCUCUCCUCGGCCCUGCUCCGCGGCAGCUGCCGGGCGCGCUUCGCCGCCGAGCCGGACUCGGAGGACGACGAAGAGGAGGCGGUGGCUUUUCCCGAGUCGCCCUUGCAGAGACCCACGGUGCUAGUGGCCGUCCUCGCCGCAACGCUGCGCACACGCUGCCUCACUUCCUCGGCUGUCUGGAGCGGCUGGACUACCCCAAGAGCAGGAUGGACAUCUGAUCUGUGAACGACAAUGGCAAUUGCAGAGAACAUAUACUCGGGACAACCAUCCUCUACAACAAGUUAUAGUAAAUUUCAAACAUGC